AUGCCAAGCCCAAGUAAGAAGAGGAAGCUGAACGAUCAAUCUUCAACCGGAGUGCCCUCGAGAGGUUUGGAAUAUUUCUUCUCUAAACAGAAGCAAAAUGGCACAUCGUCACCAAAAGCCGCGCCGGAGCCUACCACUGAUGUUGUACCGAAUGGCACAGGGUCCGGCGAUCCGCAGCCGGAAUUGACGGAUGAGGAGCUUGCCAGGAAGCUGCAAGCGGAAUGGGAUGCGGAGGUGCAGAAUGAAAGAGCAGAAUCCACGCCGUGUCCUGAGUCCCAAAAAGAACCAAGUCCAAAGUUGAACGACAGCAAUGGAGGGCAAGCUACCGAGACAAAGCCUUCGAAGGCCGACUCGGUGACAUCUACAGUGCUCCCAAUUGUCACGCCGAAGACAAACACGCUUUCGCUAUCCUCCGUGGCGAAUGCCGAAGACACAGUUUCCACGACCAUUCCUCUGGAUCAAAGUCCGCUGACCUUUGACCCUUCAGAAUUUGUUCCCCAGCUGAAGGAGCAAUGGGCGGCAGAGGGAGGGCAUGCUUCCUAUGCACUCCUCACCCGAUGCUUCAUUCUGGUGUCCGCAACGCAAAGUCGGAUAAAAAUCGUGGAUACUCUGGUGAAUUGCAUCAGAGUACUGAUUGAAGCUGAUCCGGAAAGCCUACUACCCGCGGUCUGGCUUGCAACUAAUUCCAUCUCGCCCCCUUACAUCUCCUUAGAGCUCGGCUUGGGAGGGUCAGCGAUCUCCAAGGCACUGAAACAAGUGUGUGGUUUAAACAGUCGCGCUCUGAAGACCAUUUACGACAAGCACGGCGAUGCUGGGGACGUUGCAUUUGAGGCGAAGAAGAAGCAAAACUUCACAUUGCGAAAACCGAAACCCUUGACCAUCAAGGCUGUCUACCAGUCUCUGGUCAAGAUUGCCAAUAGCCAAGGUCAAGGAAGCGGCGAAGCAAAGCAGAGAAUUGUCGAUCGCCUACUACAAGAUGCUCGUGGCGGCGAAGAGAGCAGGUACAUCGUACGAACGCUUUGUCAACAUCUACGUAUUGGUGCUGUCAAGACCACCAUGUUGAUCGCUCUCUCAAGGGCUUUUCUCCUUUCCCGACCUUCGGGGGCCGAGUUCCCAUUACGAUCAGUUAAGGACCUUCAAAAACUAAAGAAGGAAGAGCUAGCUGAAGUAUGGAGUAGGCCAGAGGAAAUACUGAAAGCCUGCUUUGCGCGACGUCCCAACUACAACGACCUUGUGCCUGCCUUGCUGGAAAUUGGCAUCUGCGACGAGCUGUUACUUCGCUGUGAUUUGACGUUACACAUACCACUUCGACCCAUGUUGGGAAGUAUUACGAGAGAUCUUUCCGAAAUGCUCACGAAGCUACAAGGCAGAGACUUUGCCUGCGAGUUUAAGUAUGACGGGCAGCGGGCACAGAUUCACUGCGAUGAAAAGGGCAAGAUUUCCAUCUUCUCGAGACAUCUCGAACUCAUGACGGAUAAGUAUCCCGACUUGGUCGCAUUGAUGCCCAAGGUUCGGGGCGAAGGCGUUGACAGUUUCAUCAUGGAGGGCGAAGUGGUCGCCGUGGACAGCGAGACGGGAGAUUUGAAGAACUUCCAGACUCUGAGCAAUCGAGCGCGGAAGGAUGUCGCUAUUGGCAGCGUACAGGUCAACGUUUGCAUGUUCGCCUUCGACCUCAUGUUUCUCAACGGACAACCUCUCUUGAACCGCCCCUUCCGAGAAAGAAGAGAACUUUUGCGGUCCAUGUUCAUCGAAGUUCCCCGCCAAUUUACCUGGGUGAAAAGCUUGGAUGCCACGUCACAAGACUCCGAUGCUGUACUGGAGUUUUUCAAGGCGGCAACGGACAUCAAGUGCGAGGGCAUCAUGGUCAAAAUCUUGGAUAAUUUGGCCGACGUUCCAUACCAAGGUGAGGACGCAGCGGACGCUGAUGUUGAGGUUGCCGAGGAACCCAGGACGCCGUCAAAGUCAAAAUCAAGGAGCAAAGGCAGCAAGGAUGAAGAGGGUGCUCCUAAGAAAAAGGGGAGACGCAAGCCUCUCCUCGCCACAUAUGAGCCCGAUAAACGAUUGGACUCAUGGCUGAAAGUCAAAAAGGACUAUAACGCAAGCUUUGAGACAUUGGACAUGAUUCCGGUGGCGGCCUGGCAUGGAUCAGGCCGCAAGUCAAAGUGGUGGUCGCCGAUCCUCAUGGCCGUCCGCAACGAGGACAGCGGCUCCCUCGAGGUCGUGUGCAAGUGCAUGUCGGGCUUUACCGACGCGUUCUACAAGGCGAACAGGGAACACUAUGAUGAUGGUGAGCUGGCCGAGAGGCAGAAUACUCGUUUGCAGAAGCCGGCUUUCGUUGAGUACUCUGGUCCGGAGCCUGACGUGUGGUUUGAGCCCCAGGAGGUAUGGGAGAUGGCGUUUGCGGACAUCACGCUAAGUCCAACAUACACAGCCGCUAUUGGGCUGGUCAGCGACGAACGUGGUCUGAGCCUGCGAUUCCCGCGAUUUUUGAAGAAGCGCGAGGACAAGAGCAUGGACGAGGCGAGCACCAACGAGUUCCUUGCCGGCUUGUGGAGGAAGCAGGAGGCGAAGGCGCCGACUAAGGAAGGGCAGGACGAUGUUGUGGACGAAUUUGAGGAAUAA